GGAGAGAGGUGGAGGAGGAAACGUAUCCCGGGUGAAGCGUUACCGUCAACCUACUGUUGCGGAUCAGGCACGCCUGUGCUGUGAGGAAACGUAUUUCAUUGACUAAAACUCAGAAGUGUGUUUAUUUUUAAACACACUUUAUAAUUUUUUACUAUGUUAGAAACGCUCCUUUGGCCAAGUUUUGAACGCUAACUUUUGGAACGAGCGCGCACCGCUCCCUUUCCACCGACAGUUGCCUGGUAACCUCUGGACUUGGGGCCUGCUUCAUCAACCCUCCCAAGCUUCAGCUUGUCCUGCGCUGGCUGGGAGAGUCUACUCAUGGAGUUUAGCUGUGAGGAAAGCUGGCGGAUGCGUCGCUAGACUUAAACCUGAGCCGGAGACGCACGGGAUGAGGGACCGAUUGGCCGAACUAACUGCUAGUAGCCCGCAAGCGGAAGAGGAAAAUGCAGUUCCAGUGGACUGCAGUGAUAGUUUCAUGGAGGGCUUUUUUAGGCGGGUGGAGGAAGUUAGAGGGCUCAUCGAUAAGAUCUCCUACCAAGUAGAGGAGGUGAGGAAGAUGCACAGCAUGAUCCUGUCUGCACCCCACCCGGAUGACAGAACAAAGGAUCAGCUCAGUGCCCUGACCAACGAUAUCAAGGGGAACGCCAACGUGGUGCGAACCAAAUUAAAAUUUAUGGAGCAAAGUAUGCCAACCGAUGACGUUGCUAAUAGAUCCUCCAUUGACUUCAGGAUCCAAAAAACACAGCACACGGUGCUUUCAAGAAAGUUUGUGGACGUCAUGACUCAGUACAAUGAGACUCAGGUGUCUUUUCGGGAUAGGAGUAAAGGAAGGAUUCAGAGGCAGCUGGAAAUAACUGGAAGAGUGACCACCAACGAAGAACUAGAGGACAUGUUGGAAAGUGGCAGUCCAUCCAUCUUCACAUCUGACAUCAUAUCUGAUUCCCAGAUCACACGACAGGCCGUAAACGAGAUAGAGUCCCGUCACCAGGACAUCAUGCGGUUGGAGUCGAGCAUCAGAGAGCUCCAUGCAAUGUUUAUGGACAUGGCAAUGCUGGUAGAAACUCAGGGCGACAUGGUGAACAAUAUCGAGAACAAUGUUUCCAAUGCGGCCGAGUACGUUUAUCGUGGAAAAGAGGAGACCAAAAAAGCUGUGAGAUACCAGAAGAAAUCCCGAAGGAAAUACAUCAUCAUUGCCUUUGCUUUGCUAAUCCUGCUUGCUGUCAUCGCGCUAAUUGUGGGCCUGUCAGUUGGACUAACCAAACCUCCCGCGUGAGACCUGCUGUGAUUCCCACACAAGAAACUUCUCUACCUCGCCACAUGUGGAGCUUUCUUACUUUUACUCAUCAUCAUUGUGGGGGUCUUCGAUGAAUGAUGGAUGUCUGGCUCACAUCUUCACAUAAACUUGUUUUGAAGCUUGGAGCAGUCCAUAACGAAACUGUUACUGGAUUAAAAAGAAAGUUUUUAAUCACAAUUGUAUAUGUAUGGAUAUUUUGUGUGUAUCGUGUGUAUAAUACACGUUAAACCAAUUACAUCAGACCUUUUGUUAAACUGAAAUGGAGCAGUUAUAUGAUGUUUUAUAUCACUUUCUCAAGGCAAUGCCUUUAAAACAGUCGUUGGACAUUUUGGGGAACAAUUUGUCUGCUCAUUGACUUCACUUGUGUGAGGGGAAAAUUUGUGUUAUUGACACCAGCUGGCUGAAGCUUCAUAUUUAUCUCACAGACAUGAACAUAUACCACUCUUCUAAUAUAAGAGUAUAACAUAGGGAGGCAUGAAAAAUAUCUUGUUGUCCAACUGUUCAACUUCUGCUGCAAUGGUUAAAGGAUGCAAUGACUGUAAAAUUGCCACACAGGGCUUUGUAGAAUCUGUGUUCAAAGUGUCAACUUUUUGUGCACUCUUCAACUUUUUUUUUGGUGAUGACCUGUAAUUUAUGUGAACUGAAUGUAAAACUGCCACAGCUCAAGAGAUCUUAGUAAUAGAAAAAUCUUGACAAACCAAAAUAGACCCUGAAAGCUUUUGGGAAAAUUGUGUCAGAAGAAUGUUUUCUUUUACUUAUUUGAUGUGAUUGCCUUUUCUUGAUUUUUAGUCAUAAAUUAUUUAAUCAGCAGCAUUGCUUGAGUGCCCUUGUGAAAUUUAUUCUAAGACGCCUUAACUUACUGGGCUGUAUAUAUUGUAAUCAUGGUGUGUUAUGACUGAAAUACUUGUGUUGUAGUAAUACACUGAAAUUGGACAAUUAUUUCAAGAGCACACAUUUUAAAUUGGUUGCAACUACUUUUUAUUACACUGGAGCUGA